AUGGAGCCAGCAAAGACGAAGAUAUCUUUCAUUGAUGCUCAUUUCCACGUAUGGGACGUGAGGAGCGAGACGCAAUCUGGGCAUGACCCGGCGGUGCUUUUUGCACCCGAUGGCACUGAGUUAUUCGAUCGCAAGGCAUACGAGAACAGCGCAUGCAGUCUCGGGGAUGACUUCGAACACGAAGGAGGUGUGUUCCUCGAGGCUGUGAGCGUCUGCCACCCUGGUCUGACUGGGCCAUCAUACUCGCAGCACUGUCUCAGCGAAGCAGCCUUCGCUGCCGCAGAGCUUCUGAAUUUGCCGAGCCGGACUUAUGGCCUGGUCCCAACAUGUGCCCUCGAGCAGCCGGAUGCCGAAGAGGUGCUGACGAAGCUAAGCAAGAUGCCGGGAACACGCGGGGUCCGCCAGAUACUGAACUCUAGGCCAGACUGGCCACGCAACACGGCCUUGGGUGACCUGCUGGAUAAUCCAACUUGGAGGGAUGGCUUUGGGCUACUGCAGAAAUUUAAUUUGAGUUUUGACUUGCAGCUCAACCCUCACCAGUUCCAUAAGGCGGCUGUGUUCCUGAGCAGUCAUCCCGGAGUUCCGGUCAUCAUCAACCACCUUGGGAGCCCACAGAUGCAGGACCUCACGGAUAACGCAGACCAGUACUGGGAAGGAAUGACUGAACUGGCUCACCUGCCAAAUACCUACAUGAAGAUCAGCAUGCUUUGCUAUGCCGACCUAAACUGGGAUUCGAACCGCACUGUCAUAGAUGCAAUCCAUCGGGUUGUUCGGCUAUUUGGUCCGGAGAGGUGCCUUUUUGCGACCAACGCCCCAGUUGAUGCCAAGGACGGAUGGCCUCCCAAGAGGCUGCUGGCUGCCUUCCUGGAGAUUGCAAAAGAAUACCCAGAAGAUUCCAUUAAGUUAGACAACGAUCAGAGCUCGGUUCUCGGAUGCAGACGUGUGCCACGAGUGCGAAACUGGGCAGAGCUCAGGCACCGUCGUACGCUGAUGAUGCUGGAGCAGCUAAUCCUGAAGCACAAGGCGCAUACAAAGUUGAUCCAGCUGACCCCUUGCAAGGAAGGCUUGGACUUCUUCUUCAACAAAGAGCGGGAUGCACAGGACUUCGUAUCUUUUCUAAAAAACUGGGCUGUGGUCCGACACCACGAGUCCAAGCAUCUGGUAAGCCACAACGCACAGAACACGACGUACCGGUUUAAGCGAACCACAUGUGUAGAAGUGUGUCCGAUUUGUAGGGACGACCUAGUCUUCCUACCGCGCAAAACCGCACAGGCUUUGGGCGGCUUGCCGCCGCUUUUGCUUUGCACCAAGGCUUCCUCGCAACUCUCUCUUUUGGACCCGGCCUCCUGCCGGUCUCUGGACGUUGUCGCUGCGGAAUAUUGGCGAAAGCCUUUCCAUUCCGUUGCGAUUCCCUCCAAGCUAACAGAAUUCAUCGUCUUGGAUAUCGAAGAGUCCGGCCAGGCACACGGCCGUGGAGGCAGCGCUGCAUCCAUCCAGCCGUGUGAAGUUGAGAUCGCGCGCGUGGCCGACUUUGGGCACAAUGACGAGCGCUUGACCGUCCGUUCCCAUCUAGGUGCCAUCCUUCACGUUGGGGACUAUGCCUUAGGCUACGACCUGCGCUCACUACAUCUCGGCAUGGACGAGGACGAGUUGGGAGGAGUCCCACCCUUGGAAGUGUACCUGGUGAAGAAGAAGCGGCCAGAACGCACCAAGAAGAAGAAGCCACAUCCAAAACGCGGAAAAGGACGGACAUGUGGAGGAUGCGGACGAGGCAAGCUAACAGCACGGCACACCUUGCACAGAGCAAAGUUUGUCAAGCUUGAGCUGGUGAGUCAGAGUCGCCUGCAGGAGGCUGCAAUGAAGGUCGCUGCAGAAGCACUUCUCACGCAGCUGGGGGCCAAAGAGAUCAGCAAAUGUCUCCACUCACUAGAGCCACGACAUGACAACAGCCUUACUAUCCGAAAGUCCUCAGAUUUGAGCCAUGACAUGACAGAAGGGCUGUACAAGACCAGGCGGUGCAAAGCCAUUGUGGCAGAAGCGCCCUGCCGCCUCGGGGAAGAAUGCACGUUCGCUCAUUCAGCUGCAGAGCUACGGCGAUUCCCUUGGCCCGAGCCCUUGGCAGAGCAUUGGCAAGGACAGGUGUCCAUUGGAGUGGUGGAGCAUGCCAUGUUUUGGGAUCUGCCACCCAGUGGUACGCGGGAUGUGGUUUGCAACCGCGCCACUUGCCUUGGAAACCCUUUUGGGACCUGCUGCUACGCGGAUCCCUCGCAGCGGCCCCCAGAAGAUGCAGCUGGGUGGUGCGCUGGGGAGCAUGAGGUUCUCGUUGCUGCUUUCGAGGAAUACUUGCAGGCGGUCCUCAGUCAGGAUGCCACUGUGGAUUUGAAGGAGGAGGUGCUGCGUAUCGCUGAAAGACGAUCGCUGUUGCUCUCCGAUGCUUGGGAGAAGCAACAGCUGAAGCGAGAAGACGUGCGCGCCGCACUGGACGCCUUGGCAUCAGAGGUGUCAAGAGGAACGUUCUUCAGGCUUUUGUGCCAUUGCCGACCCUACGUGCGCUGCCACGCCGAGCUGAUAAAAAGAUAUCUAGACCAGUUUGCAAAACCGGAUGCGGUUGCGACGCCUCUACCGACUGAGGGGCCCAUCGACAUAGAAGGCCGUGUUUGGCCGAGUUCUUCCACUGCAGAGAGGUGCAGCAUUCGAACAAACAGUUGGAGGUGUACUCGUGCUGGCCGGGCUUUGGAUCCGGGUUCCAUGAAGACGUACUGUGCACAGUGUUGGUCAUACCAUUCCGUGGUUUACUAUUGGCCAGAAGGGGAUGAUGUUUGGCCUGAGCGCUUUUAUCGUGAUGGCUAUGUACAGUACACAGCCGGAACCGACGGCGUCGAUGAGGAAGAUGUUGAUUCUGCUUAUGCUGAGAGACCGCCCUGCAGCUUCUACCAAAGAGGGUGCUGCAAAUUCGGCGACUCUUGCUGGUACAGCCACGCAAAAUGA